AUGCAGUCGCACAGCACCCUCACAAAAGAACUGAAGCAGCAAGCAUCAGCCAUUGUAAAAGAAAUCCAAGGAAAUGACCUUGACAAUAUGGACUUUGGAAAAAAGAUCAGUGUUCCCAAAGACAUAAUGCUGGAAGAGCUUUCCCUCCUUUCCAACAGAGGGGCCAGAUUGUUUAAAAAAAGACAACGGAGAUCUGAAAAAUACACAUUUGAGGGAUUCCAGAACUCUGCCAAUUCACAGAUGAAUACUGAUGAUGCAGCAGAGAACAGCAAAAGCAUGGGAAAUGGAGUGCAAAGUGGGCAACAAAACAUCCCUCAAACACCACCAAACACUCCUGAUCCAAGGACUCCACCAAACCCAGAUACCAUUGCCCCGGGAUACACAGGGCCACUGAAGGAAAUUCCACCUGAAAAAUUUAAUGCAACAUCUGUACCAAAAUCAUAUCAAACACCAUGGGAGGAAGCUAUUGCCGAUGAUCCAGAACUUCUCUCAACUUUACAUCCCAGGAUGCCAGAGCUCAUGCCAAAGGUAGAACUGACUGAAUACAAGACUUUUAACAGAGUUGCGACUCCUUAUGGUGGUUUUGAUAGAGCUUCCAAACUUGUGGGUUUCAAGCUACCAAAGCUGGAUUUUGCAUUACUGGAACCAGAGCUCAGGUUGCCUGUUUUCCAAGACGGGACUGCUGGUCGGCCAAGCUUCAACAGAACUGCCCAAGGCUGGACAUCUAAUAAUGUUCCCAUAGUAUUUAAAGAUCUGUCUUUGGAAGUAACUGUUCCUGAAACAGAUGACCUCUAA